AUGGCGAAUGGCACGGGUCAUGCAAAUCUCGACUCUCCCAUCAUGCCGUACGCAGUCCUGGAUCAAUACCAUUCUCAGCCAAGCAAGAUAAGAGUGGCAUGUGCCGGAGCCGGGGCCACAGGCUUGUGCUGUGCGUACAAGAUGGAGCGGAUGUUGGAGCCCAAUUCAUGGGAAUUGACUCUGUUCGAAAAGAAUGAACAGUUUGGGGGGACAUGGUGGGAAAACACCUACCCGGGCGUGGCCUGCGAUAUCCCAUCCCAUCUUUACACAUUCACCUGGGAUCCCAACCCGGAAUGGUCGCACUAUUUUGCGUACGGCAAUGAGAUUCAGCGAUAUUUCGAGGGAUUCGCCAAACGCUACGAUCUACACAAGUACAUGAAAUUGAGGACGAAAGUGGUGGAGAUUAAUUGGGACCAAAGUCAAGGUAUCUGGAACAUCACCCUCCAAGAUAUAACUACGAACGAAAUAUGGUACGAUUGGGCACAUGUCUUUAUCAAUGGAACUGGAAUCCUGAAUACGUGGAAAUGGCCCGAUAUCCAAGGGCUUCAUGACUUCAAAGGUCCCAUGAUGCAUUCGGCAAAGUGGAAUCACGAGGUCGACUUCAAAGGCAAGAAAGUCGGUGUUAUCGGCACUGGGAGUACAUCCGUACAAAUCAUUCCAGAGCUUCAAAAGGUUGCGGGACACGUGGAUGUCUUUAUGAGAAGCCCAACUUGGAUCAGCCCGCCGUUCGGAGCUUCCGCCCUGUCAGCCCUGAGAGGAGGGGAUGCUCCGGAUCCUGGUAAGCGCCAAUAUACAUUCACCGAAGAGGACAAAAAGCGGUUCCGAGAAGACCCCCAAUACUAUCUCCGAUUCCGCAAGGAGAUCGAAGCUGAGAUCAACGUCCUGUUCGGCAUGUAUAUCCAGGGGUCGGACUUGCAGAAACAGUUUCGAGACGUCAUCACCAAGGAAAUGAUUCGGCGGCUGGGACCAGGCAACGAGAAGCUCAAGGAGUUCAUCAUCCCGAAAUGGUCCGUUGGAUGCAGACGGGUAUCGCCUGCUGAUGGGUACCUGGAAGCAUUGGUGUCGGAAAAUGUCACUCCGGUCUUUGGGGAAGUCGACCGGGUCACCGCCGAAGGAGUGGUCGUUGAUGGGUGCGAACAUAGACUGGACAUUCUUGUUUGUGCGACAGGUUUCCAGCCGGCGUUCAAGCCGGCGUUCAAGGCAAGUCAUAUUGACGAAGACUGGGGUUCUGGCUGCAAUAUGUAUCUUGGAGUCUCUGCACCAAGGUUUCCCAAUUACUUUACGAUCGUGGGACCUGGCGCCACAUGGAGCAAUGGCACUCUCCUCCCAGGGAUCGAGACCACAGUGGAGUACUCGAUCAAGAUGAUCAAGAAAAUCCAGACGGAGGGUAUCCUGUCGGCGACCGUGAAACAGCAAGCUCUCGACGAUAUCUAUCAGCAUUUUGACGAGUUUCAUAAAGGCACAGUCUGGCACGAGGACUGCCGAAGUUGGUUCAAGGACGGCAAGAUCAAGAACAGAAUCUAUCUAUGGCCAGGGCCCACGAUUCAUUUCCUCAAGACAAUCAAGGAACCACGCAUGGAAGACUACGACUUUGAAUACAAAUCCGGCAAUCGAUUUGCAUUCUUGGGCAAUGGGAACGUCAAAGCAAUGCUGACUGGUGAUAUCGACGGGUUGAGCCCUUAUAUCAGAGAUGUCGAUUGUCCAUGGACUAUAGAUUAA